UAGUGCUUUUAAUUGGUUUAUUUGGAAUGUAUGAUGAUAUUGUUUGUAUUUGAAUGAGUAAAGAUUUCUUUUUUUAGUUAGAGUAAAAUUUAUAGCUGAGAGUAAGGCAUUCUAUGAAGGACAUCAGCAACACUUCAUUUUUCCAUUGUAAGCGUUAAAUGCAUUAUAUUUUGACAGCUGCUGUAGCUCGAAGAACGUCGUUGCGGUUUAGAAUAGGUAAAUAGUAGAGCUAUAUAUAAUCUUACGCUAUGGAAAGGAAUGUGUUAAGUGCAUUUAUUCAAGCAUCGGAAAAAGCAGCUAAUAUAGCAAGAGCAUGUCGACAGAAUGCACAUUUAUUUGAGCUCCUUGUGCAAGAAAAGGUAGAUGACGAGAAAAACCCUAGAUUUGUACACGAUUUCAAGACUCUGGCUGACGUUCUGAUACAAGAAACAAUAAAACAUGACAUCGGCGAACAGUUUCCGGAAUUAGCGCAGCAUAUAAAGGGAGAAGAGAGUAAUAAAUUUCAAAACACUCUGGGUGAAAGUAUAACGGUUGAAGUAAAAGCUGACAAAGAUUCUACAGCAGCGCUGUUGAGUAAGGUUCUGAAUGGGGACACAGUGGCUGCAGGUUUGCUGGCUGACGAAGUUCAUAAGGUGGUGCCACUGGAGGACGUGAACCUCGCCAACUCCACACUGCCUCACAAAGUUGAGCUGCCUGUCGAGCAUUUGGGUGUCUGGAUAGACCCUAUUGAUGCGACUUCUGAAUACAUCAGGGGCAAGGAGACCCCAUCGACCAUUAAUGGUUUGUACUGUGGUGGCUUGCAGUGCGUCACCGUUCUCUUGGGAGUGUUCGACAGGUCGACCGGUUGUCCAGUGAUGGGUGUUGUAAACCAGCCUUUCUACAUUCACGAUGAUGACAGAUGGAUCGGAAGAUGUAUGUGGGGGAUAAGUCACAAUGAUACAAAUGUAAACUGCAUUCCCAAACCAGAUUUAUCACCUAAAGAGAAGGUGGUGCUGGUAGGCUCCGGCGAGUCGGAGGAGCUGCGAGAGAAGCUGCGAGCGUCGGGGGCAGUGGUGGUACGCGGUGUGGCAGGUGCGGGCCACAAACUGGUGGGUGUGGCGUUGGGGCUGGCGGACGCGUACGUGCUGACGCGGCCCACCACCUUCCUGUGGGACACUUGUGGGCCGCACGCGCUGCUGCUCUCGCAGGGCGGUGGCGUCGCCAGCUGUGCCAAUCCGGGGACGCAGCUCACCUACACUGGGAGCGUAGGCACCUGCAACGAGGGUGGCAUCGUCGCGUACCGUGACCGCUCCUUCCUGGAGGCUCUGCUUGACCGUGAGCUGCAGGAGUCGGCCCUGCCGCUUGACCCGCAGGCGUCUGGCGACCCACAGGCAUCUGGCGAUCCACUCCAGUGAGAGACCGUCACCCCUCGGAAAGUACCGUCUGGCGACUGUGGACAAUUAUAUUUUUCCCGCCAUUUUAAUGUCAUUAUCCCGAAAGUGAGUGAAGUUGUUUCACAGACUGCAGUGGAGUCUGCUGUGACAGCAGAUGAAAAUUAUAUGCCUUACUACAAUUUUAACUGUUGUCUACUCCUGAAUGCAUUACGAUCCCUGGUGAUCCGGUCUGCCCCUUUGGCCCGAUCUCGUAUGCCUCACUGCCGAGUGAAAAGUAUUUUAGAGAUAGUGAACUGGAGGUGAUGCAUUUUGCAAACGUACCUGUAUGUAUAAAGAUUCAAAUUGAUGAUCUCAUAUGCCGUUUUUUAGUAAUUUUUUCGAAAAAUGAAUAUAGCAAUUACAAAUGACCAUAACUAUUUAAUGAGUACUGAUACAUUGAUAAGCAUUCCAAGAAUGUAAAAUAAAAGAAAUUCGAGAAUAUUUUGCAUUAUUUAUAGGAGUUACCUUUAGUCAUACAGACAACAUUUAAGCAGUAAUCAGUUCUGAAGAAUUAGAAUUGUACAUUUGAGUUCUGGCAUUAUUUUUGGCAUUAGCCUCUGGUCAGUCACACAGAUGUUCUGUUGUACGUGAAGGCUUUUCUGUACGUAUAUUCGGAUGUUGUCCCAGUUAACCCUACCACUUAUGUGGAGGGUUGCCUCAUUGCUAAAAAUGAGAUCUGCAGCAAAUUUUCCUUCCUCCAUGGCUUCCAACAUUACCAUUGCGUAAUUCUGAUGGUUAUAAUCAUUUGUAAUUACUGUAUUUAUUUCGAACUGUUCUGUACAUGUUUAUAGUAAUGUCACAUCUACAUUGAGAAGGUAGUGUUACCUUGCCAGAUGAUUAAUCAGUCAGUUGUAAUACUGAAUCCUCGUUUCUGCCAUGUCAAUUUUUUCUCUGCAAGUGGAAGUUUCUUAAAGCAGACAAGGAAGUGCAAU